AAGGGAAAUGGAGGAGCUCUAAAAGCAAAUAUGAGAAGAGGAAUUUCGGGGGUGGGAGGAGCAUAGGAACUCUAGCUAUCGCGGCGGCCGCAGAAAGAGAAGAGAUCAGAUCGGAUCGGGUCGAGAUGGCCUCCUCCUCCUCCUCGCCGGCGCCGCUGCGGCUGCGACUGCGGGGCUUGUGGGCAUGGCAGGACGGGGGCGGGGACGGCGACGGCGACGGCGCCUUCUUCUCCCUCUCCGCCGCAUACGCCCUCGUCUCCUUCGUCGCGCUGAUUCAAUUGAUAAGGAUCCACCGCCGGGUGCCCGAAUUCGGGUGGACCACGCAGAAGGUCUUUCACCUCAUGAACUUCCUUGUCAACGGCGUCCGUGCUCUCGUCUUCGGCUUCCAUCUCCAUGUCUUCCUUCUCUCAACAAAAGUGUAUAAGUUGGUGCUGCUGGACCUCCCCGGCCUCUUGUUUUUCUCCACCUACACCUUGCUUGUUCUCUUCUGGGCUGAAAUUUACCAUCAGGCCAGGAGCCUCCCCACAGAUAAGUUGAGGAUUAUAUACAUUGCCGUCAACACCAUCAUAUAUGUGAUUCAGGUUUGCAUUUGGAUAUACCUCGGAAUCAACGACAAUCCCUUUGUUGAACUGGUCACCAAACUCUUCAUUGUGCUCGUCUCUUUUGUUGCCCUUCUUGGCUUUUCGGUAUACGGUGGAAGGCUCUUCUUCUUGCUGAGACGUUUCCCAAUUGAAUCAAAGGGGCGAACAAAGAAGCUGUAUGAGGUUGGGACAGUGACUGCAAUCUGUUGUGCUUGUUUCCUGAUAAGAUGCAUUGUGGUGGCAUUAUCAGCGUUUGAUCCUGAUUUAUCUCUGGAGGUUUUGGAUCAUCCAAUUCUUGAUUUCUUCUACUAUAUGUUCACAGAGAUACUGCCUUCAGCUCUUGUCCUUUUCAUCCUCCGGAAGCUCCCUCCUAAGCGGGUGUCAGCACAGUACCACCCAAUCAACUAGCUAGAGGGCUCCUAGUACUUAGUCAAUGUGAUGUUAUAUAGUACUGGAAUAUGUUAAGAGCUAUGGGAAAACUUUGAAUUCCCAUAGCAGAAAUGGGAUGCUGGUGUUUGAGCUGUGCUUAUAAAUGGUCGAAAGCGUCAGCAAAGCCUUGGUACUUGAUGGAUGGAAUCAGCUGCUGCUCCAUUACUGAAUUUUUGGUGCAUGUGUAUGGUAGCUCCCAUGCAUGUUUAGAGCACAGUAGGGAGGGUAAACAAGACCUUAAUUCCAAACGUUUCCAAUUGGUGAUAAUAAUAUAUGAUGAUGCAAUCUCGUUGGUUGUCCUGAA